UGACAACUGCACCUUGAGCUGUAGUAGUGGUGAUGAAACGUCUUAUCAUUGCCAGCGCUGACACGACUCGGGACGAGGGCAGCCCGCCGCUCUCCAUUCAGCUCUCCAUGAGAAGCCACAGAUGGGAACAGAGAGACACACGGGUGACAGCAGUUUGACCAAAUGUCAGGCAGGUAAAAAAAAACCACUAAACUGCGUGAGGGAAGCCGCCGAGAUGAGCGACAGAGCCGAGAUGAGAGGGCCCUUAACCCGCCGGAGGAGGACGACCAUCUCCGGCGGUGGUGGUGGCGGUGGUGGCAGCGGAGCGGUCGGCGUCAAGCAAGCCAACGGGAACAAGUCGCACGACGCCGGGGAGAAACCGCCACAGUGUCCCGGUAAAGCCAAAGCAGACGAGGUGUCCAGGCAUGCGAGUAGCAGCAACGGGAAGGCGGGCAGACAGACUGGGGAGUCGGGGCAGCUCGCAAACAGCCCGAGGAAACAGAAGAGUGCGGUGGAAGACAUCAACGAGCGACUCAGCUGUCACGUCCUCCAGGAGUCUCUCUUGAGCUCAGCCAGCGGUUACAGCAACUACAGAGGGAUCCUCAACUGGUGUGUCGUCAUGCUGGUGCUGAGUAAUGCACGCCUCUUCUUGGAGAACAUUAUAAAGUAUGGUAUCUUGGUGGACCCCAUCCAAGUAGUGUCUCUCUUCUUGAAGGACCCCUAUAGCUGGCCAGCCGCUUGCCUCAUCAUUGCAUCUAAUAUGUUCAUCUUAGCAGCCUUGUACAUAGAGAGGCGUCUGGCUGUGGGUACCAUUUCCAAAAUGACGGGACUGAUUCUUCACAUUUUUAACCUGACAUCCCUGUUGAUCUUUCCUUCAGCCACCGUGCUCGCUUUGACCUCCAUGACCCCAGUGGGUGGUGUGCUCUCCCUAGGAAUCUACACAGUGCUGUUUCUCAAGCUGUAUUCCUACCAAGACACCAACAGGUGGUGUAGAGAAAUCAGACAGGCAAAAGCCAAGAAACUAACACGAUCAUACUCAUGCCCCUCUGUGGCACAAUCCAACGGGUCAGCAGUUCAUACUUAUGUCUCCUACCCAGGCAACCUCACCCACAGAGACAUGUACUACUUCGUCUUUGCCCCAACUCUCUGCUACCAGCUCAACUUCCCGCGAUCACCUCGAAUACGCAAAAGGUUCCUGAUAAGAAGACUUUUUGAAAUGCUUUUCUUCAUGCAGCUGUUGGUGGGAUUGAUACAGCAGUGGAUGGUUCCCACCAUACAAAACUCAAUGAAACCAUUCCAGGUCCCUAACCAUCUGAUAUGGUUAAUAUUCUUCUAUUGGUUUUUUCACUCUUCUAUGAACUUUGUGGCAGAGCUGCUGCAGUUUGGAGACAGAGAGUUCUACAAAGACUGGUGGAACUCUGAAACUGUCACAUAUUUCUGGGCCAACUGGAAUAUCCCAGUUCACAAGUGGUGCCUGAGACACUUCUAUAAGCCGAUGUUGAAAAAGGGGAUCAACAAGUUUCUGGCUCAAACCGCCGUUUUCCUUAUGUCUGCCUUCUUCCACGAGUACCUGGUGAGUGUCCCUCUGAAGAUGUUCAGACUGUGGGCCUUCAUGGGAAUGAUGGCUCAGGUUCCUCUGGCGUGGUUUGUGGGUCGUUUCCUGAAUGGGAACUAUGGCAACGCCGCUGUGUGGAUCUCACUCAUCAUUGGCCAGCCUGUCGCUGUGUUGAUGUAUGUCCAUGACUACUAUGUUAUUCAUUACGGGGGAACUACAUAGUACUGUACGAACACACACAUGCUCACAGUCACACACGUAAACACGUUCAAGUCAUAUUGUACGCGCACGCACGCACAUUCACUCAGUGAGUGAAUGCAGAGCAAGUUGAGGUGACUAUAAUAGGAAGCCCUGUUAAUAUGAACCUGUCAGUAAAAGCAGGAAAUUUGUUUUUGACCUCUUGAUUUUUGCACUAAAGAGAAAUAAACCACAGUGUGUCAGGAACUAAUUCUAACAACCUGAGAAGUGCUAGGUUUAUUGAGAUAUUCCACUUUAGUAGGACACACACACCUUUUGUUGUCAGCCUUCAGUAUCAGCAAACCUUGGAAUCCGCAGUCCCCCCCCGUUCUUAAUGUCUUUAUCUAAGCAUCGGACGUUUCAACUUUAAACAAAUGAUCCUGGACACAAAAUCAAAUAGAAUCUCUGUUAUUGGAAUUGAUCCAUCGCUGAUAGAUUUAUGUGAAGCAGAGUUUGCUAAAACAAAAGUAAAUGUGUGGUGCUAAGGUUUCGUGGAGUGGCCGGUACUGCUGGUCGAUUCAUUAGGUACACGUACACUAGCGUGAAAACCCUUCUCUGACUUUUUAACAACAAUUUCUUGAACUUUAAAAAGCAGCCUUUCAAUGCAAUGGAAAGUGGAAACACUGUUUGUAACCAGGCACUCCUCAAGUUGUGGAAAGUACGCGCACCUUCCUGUGCAACAAAGCCAGGACAGGAUCCUGCCUCCAUAGAGCCAAUAUGAAAAUGUUGUUUCUAUCAAUCAGUAGCUGAGACUUUUUACUUGUAUCCAAAGGCAACAGAGAAAGUAAGACGCCAGAUAAACUGUUUGUUUCUACAAGCUAAGGCUUAAAUCUUCCAAAUGCCAAUUUAGGAGUCUCCAAAUUGACAACAGUACCAGUUUUAUACAUGUAUUCUGUGUGUAUAUAUCCUAUAUGCCUCUCUUUUUGAUGCAUUGAAGUUGUUGAGUAUUACAGACAUUUAUAAUAAACAGAUUUGUAACAAAACUGAUCAAACCCCCGGACACUGAACACAGAGGAGGGGAGACACUAAAAAGUGAAGGAGAAAUGGUUAAAGGACAUUUUUGUGACGUUAUUUGUACAGUCGCUGACCUUCAGGCAGCCUCCCUUCUUCUGUUUCUCAGCUACCAACAACAUUAAUACGAGCUCUUAGUGUAACAUUACAUGCUAAAGGUGUGUCGUUUGCCUUGGCUUCAUUGUCCUUUUUUUGUGUUGCAUUUGACUUAUCAGAUGGUUUAUUUUAUACUUUGUAUAAUUGUAUGUGUUUACGACUGUCUGCACUUACGCUGUGCCAUCUUGAAAUUAUAAUUUAUGUUGUAUUUUAUUUGAAAUCAAUGAUUUACUGCAGUAUUUGAUUUUGCCGAUUUGAACCAAUGAAUGUUUAUUUGCACUUUAAAGAGAUGCAUGCUGUUGACUUAAGCAAUAGAUUUCUAUGAAUGUAUUCUUUAAGUUAUCUUAAUCAUGUAAGGAAAAUAUUUUUGUUGUAUUUGUUGUCGUAUGAGGAUUGAUCAAUUUCAGUUUGUUUCAGCUGCAGUGGUAAUAAGUGUUUAACUAUUUAAAACCUAAAGACUUGAUUUGAAAGGUAUUAGAGCCUGACACCGUUUUCAAUAUAGAUAUUUUCUAUAUAAUAGCUGAUAUGGAAAUAUGUUCUGUUAUUUUACUUUCAUAUGUUUUAAUCUGCUUUCCAAUGAACAUGUUAAAUCAGAGCCUUUAACUCUAAGAUUAGUCCUUUUUCUUUCCCUAUUGAUCACAUUUCUAAAACACUGUUGUUAAAUCAUAACCGCAGUAAUCAAUCAUGUGUUGACAUUCCUUAUUGAAAUUUACAAGUGCCUGCAGGAAAAAUAGUUUUAUGUAGAAAAGACACAAAAGAUUCAACCAAAUACUAAUAAAAGACACAAAUGUCGUUAACUCUAUUCUAUGUGGCCAAUAGAUUAACACAUUUAUAUUUGUGGUGUCUUUAAAUAUUUGGGAACUUAAGACUAAUAUUCAAUGCAGUCAUUUUUGUUUUCUUAAACAAAAGAAAUGUUAUUUUGACAGCCUUAUGCAAGAGUCGUACAUAAAUCUUAUCACAUUAUUGGUAUUUCUGUGCACAAAUGGCAGCUUUAGUAACAGCCUGACUUACAAAUAUGAACCAGUUUAUAAACUCUGAGUUCAUUAAAUUUGUUCAAUCACUUGUUUAUUACAUUGGAGGAUUCUUUCUGAAGUAGCAAACUGAGCUGCCGUUUGGAAGACUAAAAACACUAAAAUGACAUGAAUCAGUCAGUGUCAGAAAAUGCUGGCAACAUUUAAUAGUAAAUAAGCUCCAAAUAAUGAAACCCUGCAAACAAACUCAGAAAAGUUAUUUUUCUCAUUUGUAAAAGUACUGAAUUGAGUUUACUUUUAAUUUUGCCUUUCUGUGUUUUGUUUUUGUGAGAAUUAUUGAACAUGGAAAGUAUGAAGUGACCCCUGAGGUAGUGUCAACAUUACGCUGCGUGUCCCAGGUAAUCUUUUCGUUUUAUUUUGUCCACCUGAAGCCCAUCACUCCCUGCUUCCACUUCAUUACUGCACUGCUCUCGAGAUAUUAGUUGAAGAUGCAGCUUUAAGUUGAACCGUCUUUCGAGAGUUCAUUUUGUUUGUGGAUGAUUGUGUGACGCAACAUGUAGUAAAACGAAUGUAUUGUACUGAUCUGUUCAUACUGUAUACAGAAAUCCAAAGUGAAACAAAGAGUAUAUGUUUUUGGAAUGCAAAUAAUUUUCAUAGCCUUUCACUUGAAAUUAUUUGUGUUGUUUGAUAAAGAUUAUAUAUAUUUGA